AAUCAAGUUGAGAACGGUCGCGUGGCCCUAACAACGUCAACGACAAGAGCCAGUCAACUAUCGGGCGCCGGUAUUGUACAAGUACAAGCAUCAGCAACAACGAACUAGCGACAUCGUCGGCCACGGCCACGGCCACGGCCACGGCCACGACCCGCUGGACGGAUGCACUCGUGGCAGAAGCUCAAGGAAGGAAUGGACAAGGACGAUGAGAAGGAGAAUACCAGAACCACCACGGGCAUCACUUCGGGCGAUGUAAUCCAGGUUGAGAUGGACGAACUCACGACGCAGACGCGCCAACCGGGUAUAGAGCCCUCAGCGCGCGCCCCGCCCGGCUCGGCGCUGUCUCGUAAUGCAGAUGCAGGCGGUGACGGCACGGAACGGGCCGUGUCCGAGUACAAGGUGUAUAAGCGGCGGUGGUUUGGGCUGGUGCAAUUGACACUGCUCAACAUCAUUGUUAGUUGGGAUUGGCUUACCUUUUCACCCGUUGCCGGCUCUGCAGCGCGGUACUUCAACACGGACACGACCACCGUCAACUGGCUGAGCACGGCCUUCAUGUUUGCCGCCGCGUUCGCCAUGCCCGCCGUCAUAUACGUCCUGAACAUGGGGCCGAAGCCAUCCAUUAUCACUGCAGCCUCCCUUAUCCUGGUCGGGAACUGGAUCCGCUUCGCCGGCUCCCACUCGAGCUCCGGGGGCAUGUUCGGUGUUGUCAUGUUUGGCCAGAUUCUCACCGGCCUUGCGCAACCCUUCGUGCUUGCUGCUCCCCCUCGCUACUCCGACCUCUGGUUCACGAACCGGGGACGUGUCGCGGCAACCGCGCUGACCAGUCUGGCGAAUCCGUUUGGCGCUGCCCUGAGCCAGCUAAUUGUCCCAUUAUGGGUUUCCCAGCCCAGCGAUAUGUCCAACAUGGUGCUCUACGUCUCCAUCAUUUCAUCGGUCUGCUCCGUUCCCUCCUUUUUCAUCCCCGCCGCGCCUCCGACCCCGGUUGCUCCCUCAGCCGAGACCCCGAAGCUGAGCCUGCGCGUCUCAUCUAAACUCAUCUUCAAGCAGCCUGAGUUCUGGCUCCUCUUUGUGCCCUUCUCCAUCCAUGUCGGUCUCUUCAACGCCAUCUCCUCUGUCCUCAACCAAAUCAUGCUCCCUUACGGCUACAGCGAAGAACAAGCCGGCAUCGCCGGCGCCAUUCUCAUCGUGGUCGGACUGGUCGCGUCCGCAGUCACAUCGCCCAUCAUCGACCGCACGAGGGCGUACCUGCUGGCAAUCCGCGUUGCUGUGCCGCUGAUCGGGCUGUGUUAUCUGGUCUUUGUCUGGAUGCCGGCGACGGCCGGCCUCGCAGGCCCUUACCUCGUCAUGGCGGUCCUCGGCGCCGCCUCCUUCUCCCUCGUCCCUGUCGCCCUCGAGUUCCUCGUCGAGCUGACCCACCCGAUCAGCCCGGCCGUAACGUCCACGCUGGCGUGGAGCGGCGGCCAGCUGCUCGGGGGCGUCUUUAUCAUCAUCUGUGGGGCCCUCAGGAAGGGCCCGGACGAGGGCGAUCCCCCUGGGAAUAUGCGCGACGGCUUGGUCUUCAUGGCGGUCAUCGCCAUGGUUACCGUGCCCGUGCCGCUGUGUCUUGGGCUGUUUGGACGCGGGGACAGGUUGGCGUUGAGGAGAGUGCGGGUGGACGAGGAGGUUAGAUAUGGGGUUGUCGAGGGCGUUCGGCAGGAGGCGAAAUGAAUGAAAUCUAAGCUAUGGGAUCUAAUGCUAUGUGGCUUCGGUUAUGCCUGGGAUGGUUCGGACUGCUUGGGAGUUGGUCAGGGAUAUCUUGGUUAUCUUGGCUUGUAGUGGGUAUAUUGU